AUGAGCUUGUUGUCGGCCGCAGUUCCCACCACACGACACAAUCACAGCUGUUACGCAACACUCAGCCCCGCAAGCGAAGUUGACCAACCCCGCCCCAGCACCGCGCAGACCUCAGCUGGCACCAUCCACCCGCCCCGCAGCGCAGUUUCCACGUCUGCCCACACCCCCAGCUCCCACCCACCCCCCCGCACCCACGCCAGUUACCGCCACUACACACCACCCCCACUCCCGCCCCAGACACACGCUCCGCACUGCACAGCCCGCAACACCCCGCACGCAGCAGGCCCCCCCGACAGUACUCACGCACGCACUCAAUCCGCCCGCAGCCACAGCAAGUUAGCCACCGCGCCCAACGCAGAUUCCCCGCUGCGCACAGCCACCCGCCCCACCCGAAAGCACGAAUGUCCCCGCACGUUCAGCCACCGCAGUCACCGCACGCCAAACCACAGCCCGACCCAAGACCAGUCCCCCCCCACCGCACCCACAAAUAACCGAAGCCCACCCCCACAACCCGGUCCCCGCCGCAGUCCCACCAGCCACAACACACCCCACGCACUGUUCGCCGCCCCCGCCCCGCAGACCCGCAGGACCCCCCAGCGGCCCCCACCGCAGCCUCUCCCCCCUCAUCCCCGCAGUUCCUCAAUCCCCGCGAAGCUGUACACACACCACCCGCCCCCGCCGCCCCUACCCCCACGGAAGCCCCCACCACGCCCGCCCAUCCGCAGGCGCAGGUCUCCCCCACCCUCCCCCCCGCACACACCCACGCCCCGCAGCCCCGCCCCCCACCCGGCCGCCCCGCCGCGACCCCCACCCCCCCCCAAACCCGCCGCCGCCCCACCCACCCCCCCCACCCCCGUACAACCUGCUAACGCCCGCCCGGCCCCCCCCCGCCGCCGCGACCCGCACCGCCGCCCCGAACCCGCCCGACACGCCGCUGGUUACCUCCCCCCGCAGCUACCCUCAGACCCUCCACCGCCCGCAGUCCGCCCCGACACGCGACACCGCCAGCGCCCCGCCCCCGCUGUUCCCGCGCAGGCCCCUCCAGCCCACCACACCCACACCACACCCCCGACCGCUCUCGCCCCGGAAGGCCAGCAGCCGCCAGUGCAGUUCCCCCCUUCCAGCCCGCCCCCGCCCCCGAAGCAAGUUGUCCACGCGCGCCCAUCCGCCGCUCCCCCUCGCCCCGCCCCGCGCCCACCCGCUGCAACCCCUCCCCCACCCCCGCCCCCCCCACGCCGCGCCGCAGGACCGCCCGCUCAAGCGCUGACCCCCACAACCCCCGCCCCCGCAGCCAACACGCCCCCCCCCAACCUCGCCACCGACCACCACCCCCCCGCUCACCGCAGUUCCCGCCUGCCCCCCACCUCACGACCGCACCCGCACGCGCAGCCCCAGCAAGCAACGCCCAACCGAACGCCGCAACCCUCCAACCCACACACGACCCCGCAGUUCCCACCUCACCCGCAGUCGCUCCCAAGACCACCCUAG